AUGUUUGCCCAUAACGCCGACACAGCUCUGAACUCGUUUGACGAUGUGCUCAAAGUCUUCAAAGACGCCAAGGCGAUGCUGGGUGAGAUCUUAUCCUCUUGUGAGUUUAUCGACGCCGAGUCCAUCGAAUGCGCAAAGGAGAACCUACAGAUCCAGCCUCCACUGGACGACUACCCCUGCUUCAUGCUGAUUGAGACGUCCGGGAGCGACGAGCAACAUGAUCAGGAGAAGCUGACCCGUUUCCUGGAGAAUACCAUGGAGCGUGGUUUGGUGAUGGAUGGGACACUGGCCUCCAACUCGCGCGAGACAGUGGCUAUGUGGACGCUACGGGAGAGCAUUCCGGAGGCUCUCCUGCGCGAUGGAUAUGCGUGGCUGUACGACGUCUCUUUGCCGCACCACAAGUUCUACGAAUCAGUGGUGGACAUGCGACAGCAUCUUAGCCGUUUCGGUAGUGGACGCAUCAGCCGCAUCUGCGGCUUCGGCCACCUAGGCGACGGGAACAUCCAUCUGAAUGUGACUGCGCCACGUUUCGACGCGGAGCUGGAAGCAGCCAUUGAGCCUCACCUGUUCGAGUGGACUGCCAAGAACGGUGGCAGCAUUAGCGCUGAACAUGGCAUCGGCUUCAAAAAGCGCAACCUUCUCCAUCUGAACAAGACGCCGGUCGCCCUACGUCUCAUGAAGACGCUAAAGCACGCCAUGGACCCGCAAGGUAUCCUGAACCCGUAUAAAGUUUUGCCCACCGAAUGAAGUCAGCGUCAGAGUGCUGGGCUCGCUCAAUCGCUGUGAGCAGUUUUAGAGAUCGUCUUUUAGAGAUCGAUGUGGUCGGAAUGGGCUUCCAAAAAACAAUGAAAUUCUUCUUUGUUUACUGCUUAAUUCUGAAAACUAUCUACCUUGACUGCUGUAAAGAAAACUAUGAAAAAUACUCGUACAAAGAAAUGGGAAAAAUUCACGCGGAAUGGAAUUGGUUUGGCAGAGGAAUGAGGAAUGGCCAUGAUGUCCUUAAAUUAUUUUCCAGAGGCUGUUUAUGCUUGUUGCUUAUGCUAUAUGUAUUGUAUGCUAUGGCUUUUUCUUUAAAUAAAGAUAUCAUUUGUGUCUUGUCGCACUCUGCAUU